GCUUCCGGGCUCUCAACAUGGGGGACUGAGGAGCAGUGCUGGCUGCCCGCGUCCUCCCCUCCGGCCCCCGCGGGACAGCUCCCGGCCCCCGCCCCGUCUCCCCUCGGCCCAGUCUCUGCGAAGCGGCGCCAGCCUCCCCGGGGAGCGGCCGGGGGAGGCGCCGGGUUCAUGUUCCGGGUCGCUGAGCCUACCUCGACCCGAGCUCAGGCGGCGAGAAAGAGCUGGCAUUUCAGUAGGACUAUGGAGGAGCUGGUUCACGAUCUAGUCUCAGCGCUGGAAGAAAGUUCGGAGCAAGCCAGAGGAGGUUUUGCUGAUACUGGAGAUCAUUCUCGAAGUGUGUCUUGUCUUCUAAAACGACAGGCAAGGAAAAGGAGGGGACGAAAAAGACGUUCAUUUACCACCCAUCAUCCCUGGGAGACUGGUCACUGCUUAAGUGAAGGUUCUGAUUCCAGUUUAGAAGAAUCAAACAAAGACUACAGGGAGAAUCAUGCUAAUAAGAAAGACCACAGUGACUCUGAUGACCAGUUGUUGGUUGCUAAACGGAGGCCUUCCUCAAACUUGAAUAACAUUAGAGGCAAAAGACCUCUGUGGCAUGAACCAGAUUUGGCUGUUGACAGUUUGGGAAACAGAACUUUGCGCAGGAGAAGGAAGGUAAAACGGAUGGCAAUAGAUCUGCCAUCAGAAGUCUCUAAUGCACUGACAAUAACUCAACAGCAGGAUAACAGCAGAGAUCAAGAAAUGGACAAUAAUAAUAAAUCAUACCAACACCAAGAGUUUUCCAAGAGCAAAGUGAAAAAAAGAAAAGUAGCUGCAGCUCGACAAGGACCGGAAAUUUUGGAUGAAGGAGUAGUUAUAGAAAAUGAAGAAGUAAACCAAGCAAAUAAGGACAAAAUGGAGUAUGAGGAGCAAAAAGGCUCAGAUGACAACAUGAGUGACAGUGAAUCCAGCAGUCUGAGCAGCAGCGAUGCUGGUUUGUUUACCAAUGAUGAGGGAAGACAAGGUGAUGAUGAGCAGAGUGAUUGGUUUCAUGAAAAUGAAUCUGGUGGAGCAUGUGGAAUUACAGGAGCCAUUCCCUGGUGGGAACAAGAAGACUCGACAGAACUGGAGAGAGAAUUGCCUGAUCCAGUCUUUGAAAGUAUCCUAACUGGUACUUUCCCUCUUAUGUCCCGUUCAGGGAGGAGAGGUUUCCAGAGUAGAUUUAGUCAUCUUCAUGGAAUGCCAGCACGAAACAUAAAAAAGGCUUCAGGAAACCAGAAUGCAUUGAUAACUCCAGGACCAGGUGGUAACAGGAAAACGGUUCACUUGUCCCAGGAUUCUCUUCACCAUGACCACUGGUUUAGCCCUGGGGCUAGGAAGGAACAUAGCCAGCUUCAACUCUUGCGAGACAACCGAUCAGAGAGAGGACACAAGAAGAAUAGCUCUGUAAAAACAGCUAGCAGGCAAACCAGUGUACAUUUAGGAUCAUUGUGCAUGGGAGACAUCAAACGGAGAAGGAAAGCUGCUCCCCUGCCAGGACCCACAGGGUUUGUAGGUGAAAACAGCCAACCAAUCCCAGAAAACAACAUUGGAAACAGAAUGCUUCAGAAUAUGGGCUGGACCCCUGGCACGGGCCUUGGACCGGACGGUAAAGGGAUGCCAGAGCCAAUACGAGCCAUCCAGAGACCAAAGGGACUCGGACUUGGAUUUAGCUGACAGAAAUGUACUUUGGCUGCCCGGUAAAAAUAAAGCUUAAAUUAAAAAGACACACACAGAAAAAAAAAAAAAAAAAAAAAGGCAAACUUAUAUUAUUUGUUGUGAUCGGCAAAUCCAGUUAUUUUCUCUUCUCCAAGAUCACUGAAGUCAAAGUGCUUCGCAUUAACUACACCAGCUGCAACGUACAGCCACAGUGACAGAACCGGCAUUCGAGUCUAACUUCACAAUGGUGCUAAAAAAUGUACAAAAACUUUGACUUUUUUAUUUUUUUGUGAUCUUAAAGUUUGUAUUAAGCAUAAAAUUCAGUAUAUUCACUUUUUUCAUAAAAGCUUCUGACACGGGAGGUUUUAGUAUAUACGCAAAUUUUAUUAUUUUUUUUUUUUGUAAAUAUGAUUUCAUCUCGAGAGUCUCGAUAAGAUUUGUUGAGGAAAAUGGAACUUUUUACAGCUAUUGUGUUUUUCCCCCUUUUCAGGCAAAGUUUCCAAACCUGGUAUUUCUGGUGUUUAACAAUAUUUGAAAAUAAGCUGUCAUUUUGCCCAUAAGAUAUACAUGUUUCCCACUGGAAGGUGAUACGAUAUCCAAUUUUGUAUAAGAGCAUGAAAAAUGGCUUUGUUGUCAAAGGAAUGCCAUUCCAACACCAUUAUCUGGCAAUGUAUCACUGUCUUCCACAUUCAAGCUCAAAAGCAAAGCUUUUAUACUUGUUUUUACAUUUACAGGAUUAUCUUCUUUUCAGCAAACAUUUUAAAAAGUUAAACUUUAUUUUUACUUUGGAUUUCCCUUUAUAUUAAUAAUCCUCAGUGUUUCCAUAUUUAAGAAUAGUUUAAGCUUUGAACCAGGAAAUCGAAAGACAGCCAUCUUUAAAAUACAGUGUUUUUAUUCCGGGUUGUGGCAUAUUUUAAACAAUGCAGUCUUCAAAAUUGUGUUAUCAUAUGGUUUGUGAUCGUGCUGGUGCCAAUGAGCCACAACCUUUAAGGAUCAUGAACAGAAAAAGGGCAAGGAGAAGCAGGAUUAGGGUGGAGGAAAGGAAGGAAAAGCUACUUUGAUGGCAUCUCACAAAUCUAAGCUAGCAAUUUAAAAUCAAGAGGGAUCAUUAAGUGUUUUAAUCAGUAUCCUAAUGUAUCUAAUGUCAGCAGAAGCAAUUUCAUUAAGCACCAACCAAUCAAGCUCCUAGGGUACUUAUUGGUCUGCAGUAUAAAACAAAUUCCACUUGAAAAUUAAAUGAUAGGACUGAAGGAAACUGUUGUUCAGAUGGACUAAGGAGAAAAUUCUGCCCCCCCUCACCCACCCGUGUGGUAGCUGGCAAUAUUUACUCUGACUGCAGAGGGAACAGGAUAUGAUUCUCCGGUCUUUUUUUUCUUCAGGAGGAGGAUCUCUCCCUUCUUCUGCACCCGAACUGCAGAGAAAAAUACUUCCAGAUGCUUGCAAAGAUAUUUCCUUAAACUGAAAAGAGCACAGCUUUCUUCAUGUGACUGUGAAAUAGAGUGAUGAAUUUUAAAAAGUGUUUUUAUUGCUUUUCUUUUUCUCUCAACUUCAGCCAUUUUUCCAGAAAAAUAAUAGUAGGAAGAGAAGUAGCAACAGCAUUAUAGCAUUGAAUUUGCUUAAAAGAAAUAUUCAUGCUUUCUACUGUGAGUACUGUCAUUUUAGGAAUAUUGUUUCACCAUACCUGAUAGCUGAAUGCACACAUUCUCUGAGUUUCAGGAGAACUAUUUAUUGCUGUUUAAAUACUUGAUAUGAUUGUGUUCUUUUGCAUUUUGAAAUGAUAAGAAAUUUUAAACAGACUUGGGAUUUAUAAUCAACACAUAUGCUUUUUAUUGGAAGGUUUUGGAGCAUAGCAUAAUGUGGGUUCACCACUUCAAUAUGUCUUGCACAACUGAACUGAACUAAAUACAUUCCAUAUCCUAGGAAUUUCAGGGCCACAUAAUUGCAAAGGGCUGAGAGCCUGGAAUUCUGCAGGUAGCAGAGGUGCCCACUUGUAUAAGUGUUAUUUACAAUAAUGAAUUUAUGUCGCAUGCUCCCAUUCUUUCAGUGCAAUGUGCUACUAAGAGCAAGUGAAUUCUAAAGACCUCUUUGUAUUGUACACCACAAUGAGAAAUUCCAUGAAAUAAUUUUCAACAUGUGAAUUGUGAAAGUGAAUUUUUAACUUCUGGUUGUUCUAGCUCUAUUUGCAAAAUUGUAAGGGAAUAUUGAUUCUCUGAUAAAAUUCCAUUGUUGUGCUUUGAUAACAACACCUACAUAUCUUGGGCUGGAAAUUCUAAGUAUGACACAUAUAACACUUAAUUUAAUUAUUUCUGUGGAAUUUACCAUAGCAGUAGUUCCUCAAGAAAUCAGUCUGCAGCUCCAAAAGUACUUGAAAAUGUUUCCUGUUUUAAAAAGAUAAGUGGGAAAUAAUGGAUACAUGUUGAGAGAAAAUCUCUCUUUAGCCCAUUCAACAUCCUUUCAUACAGAUACAAUAAAGGAGCCAACCUAGUAAACAACCAUAAUGGAAGAACUAUUUAGUCUGAUUGGAAAUCUUACAACUUUUUGUUUUAAAUCAGUCUAUUAGUGAGAAACUAUUAGAUGUUAAGACUAGUCAAAUUGAUUUUUAAAUAGAGAUAGAUACAUCUUGUCUGUUUUCCAGCAGGUAUUCUCAUAGAUGCCACAGCUGACAGUCAACAUUUUAUGUUAGAAGCUGUAGAACAAAGUGAUUUAUUAAAAUACUUCAGUGUAGUAUUUUGAGAUAUUUUUAUGUUGCAGUAAAAUUCCCAUUCUGACUUACACUAUCAUUUCAAUUCCGGUUUUCCCCAUCUCACAGGAGUGGUUUUAAAGAUAUGCCAGUAGUGUGAUUUUGCACAGUUAAAACUAGUGUUAAGAAACAAAACAAAAAUGCAUUGCAUUUUUUUUCUUUUUUAAGACAUUGCAAAGUUAGUUGGCUUUGAACCAAGUCAGAGUACUUGGGUGGUUUUUUUCUUUCCCACACCUAACUUGCUAUCAUACUAUCAUACCUGCUACACAGCUGGCUUACAUUAUUUUAAAAUAGAUAUAUAAGUAUUUUCAGAUAAUAAUUCCUACUGGCUGUGACACUGAAAGUUUUUUACCUACAUAAAUAAAUAUGGGAUUAUCUUGUAUCUAAAAGUUACCUUCCAUCGCUCACCAGAUUCUUUCCAUUUAGGUGUUUGAUUAGUCAGUAGCUCAGCUGUUACCAUAAUAUUCUCUCUAUGCAGACAGCUUAGUGAAGAGACUUUACGUAUUAUCAGCAUUACAUUUUGCUACAUGUUCCAUGGUAUCUCAAAGUUCUGUGAAUUGAGCCAUUAACUGUUAAUAAAAGAAGCCCAUGAGCAGUAUCUUAUUUUUGAAUAAGUAUUUGUCGAAGUCAGAGAAGCAUUAUCAAUAUGCUCAUUUAAACAAGUUUGUCCCUGCAUUUGUCUUUCUGCAAUUAGGUCAAUAAUGGGUGUAGAAUGGCAGUAAAUAGCUAAAUAAUAUGUAUAGAAUGCUUUGCUUCAAUAACACAAAUGCAAAAUGAAGUAAAAUAAAAAAACUCCAUUCUUCAUGG